GUGACUGGAUUUUCUCUUUUAGUAUAUUUAAUUACGAUUUGAUCUUGAGGAAUUGGGGUUGAUUGUGAUUAAUUGAUACCGGAAGUGAGGGAAGGAAAGUUUGGUGACUUUUGUGCAUAGUUGCAUUGUAAUUCCACAAACGAGACUUCUUAUCGAUCAAAGAAAGAAGAGCAGAAAUACAACACCCAGGAUUGGCUGAUAGCGAAAAAGGUUGGCGGGAACAUCGAAAUUUACUGAAGUGAUCCGGGCUUUCAACAUUCGAUUACGAUAAGUGGGGAAAUCAUUCAUCAACAUAUUCUCGUCUUGCCUCAUCAUUUGGAAAGGGGAGAGGCCGACUUUCUUCAAGGAGAAUAUUUCCGCUGGUUCGGACGCCGGGAAGGCUGCGACGUUGAAGAAGGAGAGGAAGAUAAGACGAUUACGACUUACGAAUUUUCUGGUGAAGGCCGAUAUAUCUAGGACAAGAUGGACGCACUUAUGAGUGGGAUGAGUGGUGGGAUGGAUAUGGGUUCGAAUAUGAUGUUCAGACCUUAUAAUCAGAAGUUGGCGUUGGGAUAUUGGUAUAUUAUUGCCGGGUUUGUGGGUGCGGUGUUGCUGUGUAGGGGGUUUGAGAGGUGGAGAGAUUGGGAUAGACUUCGGAGAAGCAAAAUAGUUUCUCUAAAAUAUCCCACCAAACCGAGUAACCAAAUCCAAGAGAUAUACGCAACAGCUACAGCCAUUUUUCGAGAAUCAUCAUAUCCUCAAAUUCAUAUUUCAACUCCUUAUCUCUCAUGGUUAUCUCCUCCCUCGUCAGGCCGCACUAUUCUUCUUCUUUGCUACUGGGCAAUCUUGAUCUUCAUGAUGACAUACGACGUCACAAUAAAAGAUGCCUACUACUAUGAACGCAUUGGAUUUCGGGGCGCUUGGAUCUCAGUUACGCAAGUUCCGCUUAUCUACUUACUUUCUUCCAAGUCGAACAUCAUUGGAGCCUUGAUUGGAAGUUCUCAUGAAAGAUUGAACUGGUUUCAUCGUUGGGUUUCGAGGACCUUACUUCUUACUGUCACGGUUCAUGGUGCCUUCUUCUUUCAGGAAUGGGUCCGAGCAGACUUUGUCUCCUUUGAGCUUAAACUUAUGCCAAUGGUAAAGUAUGGAAUGGGCGCAUGGGGUAUACUGCUUUGGACCUUCUUAAGCUCCUUGAGUCCUUUGAGAAGGAUGGCUUAUGAAGUCUUCGUGUUGCAACAUAUUGCUUGCGCGGCAGUAUUUUUGUGGCUGUUGUACAUACACGUACCUGAGUAUGCUAGGUAUAACGUAUGGUUUGCUGUGGCGGCCAUGUCAUUUGACUGGGUUUUGAGAGGUAUCCUACUUGUUGUCAGGAAUUUCAGAGGGAAGGUUGUCGGAGCAGCUUGCAGAGGAAUGCAAAGAGUUGGCCAUCAAGCGGAGUUACAAGCUUUGAGUGAUGAUAUAACCAUAAUCAGUAUCAAGGACGCACCAUUCACAUGGAAAGCAGGUCAACAUAUGUAUCUGUGGCUUCCGAGGCUCGGUCCACUUGAGACUCAUCCCUUUACUAUCGCGAGUCCGUAUCAGACAUCGAAUAAGUGUCAUUGUAAUGAGAUCCAACUUGCGAUCCGGGCUCAGAAGGGAUUCUCGAGAAGAAUACACAAUUACGCAUCGAAAAUGCAGAGUCUCGACAAGACUGCUAUUUUGACCGCAUUUGUUUCUGGCCCUUACGGUGUACCUCCAAACUGGAGCUCUUAUGAGACUAUUCUUCUAAUCUCCGCUUCUACUGGUGCAUCUUACACCCUCCCCAUCCUCGAAUCAAUCCUCCAUAAUCCCACACCAACAUGUGUGCAGCGAAUUCAGUUCCUUCUUGUGGUCCGCGAGCGUAGCCACAUCGACUUUUAUACGAAACGGUUAGGAAGCGCGCUUGCUCUUGCGGACAAGAAGGGUAUUCAAUUAAUUGUGAAAAUUGCCGUCACCGGCAACGAUGGAGCAUCAAUGACUAGCUCAAAAGCUGAAGAAGGAAGAGCAGGGUAUCAAUCAAGUGAGGAGGAUAAAGAAGAAGAUUCAAAGAUGAAAUCCAUUGCAUCUAGCUCAUCAUCAGAGGCAGGAGGAUGCUGCUGCAAUCCGCGAUCCAGUGGGACGGCAAACGACGAAAUCUCCAUUCGAAGUUCCAAGCGUCAAUCAUAUAACGAUGAAAAGAAUCCAGAUAAAACAGAAUCCCUCGUCACCACCCAACAAAUAUCUCGCGUCUCUGGAGAUUCUCCUCAACCUGGCGGUGGUUGUUGCUGUGCCAAAAAACCGGAGGCGAAAUCAAGCGAGAAAUCACGGAGGGGAGUGAGAGAUAUAAUAUAUUUGAAUGGAAGACCAGAUAUUAGUCAAUUUAUCAGAGGGCCAAUAGAAAUCACGGGAGGAGAAACUGCCAUAACAGUCUGUGGUGGAAAGAGUUUGGUGGCUAAGGUUAGGAAUUCAACAGCCAAGUUGAGUGAUGAGAGAGCGGUGCAUAAAGGAACGGGGGCAAAUGGAAUUUUCUUGCAUGUGGAAGAGUAUUGUUUUUGAGCGAAUUUAGAUAUCCAACACCUAUAUAUUGAUAUUUUCACUAUUCUUGAUCGAAGCCUUUCAGCCUUCACUCUCUCCUCCUGAGCGGCGCAGCUCGGCUCGAGGGUUUCUUGUCUUUGUGAAUUCCACCACUACGCCUGCGAAUUAUGGUGUCUUACGAUCACGUGAUUGGCAUCUUGUGCUCACUUUUUUCUAUCGAGUCUCGAGCUUGUCCUAUCCCAAGGUCCACUAUGUCAGCUUGCUGUUGGUGAAUUUUCUGUCAUAUUUCAAAGAAAACAAAUGCCAAGCAAAUUGACAACCAUUAUCCACCAUGCGAAUAAUAC